UUUUCUACAUUUUUUUCAAAAAAGAAUGACGUCAUCACCACCGUCAUUCAUGUCAUAUGAAGAUCGUAUUCAAGAAGGAGAUACUGUAAUUGUCUAUGUCACCUAUGGACAAAUGGUCCCAACAAUUGUCAAACGGGGACAGACUUUAAUGAUGAAAUAUGGAGCACUACGUCACGAAUUUAUUAUUGGAAAAAGAUGGGGUCAACGUCUCUCGGCUACAGCCGGCUACGUCUACAUUCUUCGUCCAACUUCUGAUCUUUGGACUCGCGCCCUGCCACGUCGAACACAGAUCCUCUACACUGCUGAUUGUGCUCAGAUUUUGUCGCUUUUAGACGCAAAACCCGGCUCUGUAAUCUGCGAAUCGGGAACCGGAAGUGGAUCCUUGUCCCAUGCAAUUGCACUGACCGUUGCACCAACCGGACAUCUGUAUACACAUGAUAUCGACGAAACACGUACUCAUAAAGUUUUGGAGGAAUUUAAGGUUCAUGGCCUAGGAUCCGUGACGACGGCCGUCGUUCGAAAUGUCUGCACCUCUGGAUUCCACGUGGAAAACGCUGCCGACGGGGUAUUCCUGGAUGUACCGGCACCGUGGGAGGCAAUCCCAUUCGCCGCAAAAUCAAUUUUCCGGGCUCGUGGAGGUCGUCUAGUGUCUUUUAGUCCGUGCCUGGAACAAGUCCAACGUGCCUGCCUAGCCAUGGCGGCCGCCGGUUUCGUGAGCAUCGAGACGAUUGAGCUCGUUCCCGAGCAGAAGAAGAUCGUCAGUCAACACCGGCAGACGCUUGAAGAGUUUGAAGAGCUCGGUGAUGCUUAUCCGAAGGAACGGAAGAGAAAUGUCGAUGGAACAAUCGUUGAGCAAAGCAGCUCCGCCAUUCCACGUAUCACAAUUGCAAUCGUCUAUCCAUAUUCUCAGCCAACACACACUGGGUACCUGACUCAUGCCACGAUGCUCCCGGUCGCCGAAUAAUUUAUUUUUUUAAUUUGAUUGUUGAUUUUUUAAAUUUUUGUUGCUGUUAAAUUUUUUGAAUUUU